GGAAUCACUGAAUACUAUGGUGCUAGAGAUAGAAUUCAAACACAAUUAACCUUAUUCACAUCUCUCAUCUCACACACAAACAUGGUGGGGGAAACUACCUGGGGGGAUCCGAUCUCUUCUCUCUCUUCUAUUUUCCCACGUUCUAUUGUACACAUACACAAAACAUUUGUACACUAAAAUUUUAAAAUUAUAGACAAAACACAAAAGACACCAAACUCACAUUUACUCUCUCAACUCUCCAUCACUCAAUUCCACCGAAACAGUUGGCUGGCUUGGCCCCUCACUUUCAAUUCUGAUCAUCUCUCUUGUCUCGUUCACACCUCACAAACACUCUAACUAACCCCACAAUAAAUUAAGCUUUAUCUCCAACAAAUACAAGAUAGCCUCAGUUUUGUUCCAAGGUGUAGUUAAUUCUCUUGGUUAAAGUGGAUGAUUUCAUCUUCUUCCUCCAGCUUUACCUGAAACUGCCGGAGGGUUCUUAGAAUAGAAGCAAUGAAUGAGAACCAGAUAAAGAAUAUCUGGUGUGUUGUUUUCUUUCUUUCUUGUCUCGUACAUUCAACACGCAGUCAAGUUUUGGAUUAUCCAGCUACAAUUAAGACUGCAAAUACAUCCCAGCUGUGGAAGAUCGAUCCCUCACCCGUCGAGCUUGAAGGUUCCUUCGGGCAAGUGGCACCUUUCCUGUACAGAGUAACGAACGACACAGAAUUCUUCUGUGGCUUCUACUGCAAUUUCGAUGGCACUCAAUGUCUCUUUUCUGUCCUCAUCCACCGAAACAAACAAAAUCCCAGAAGAGUGUUGAUGGAGUCCCCACAGCUGGUGUGGUACGCCAACCGCGACUACCCGGUUAAAGCCGGUGCAACUUUGGAACUAACAAAAGAUGGAGAUUUUUUACUGGCAGACGUCGAUGGCACUCAAGUUUGGUCAACAAACACAAGCAGUAAGUCUGUCAAAAGCUUAACCUUGACCGCAAUUGGAAAUCUUGUGCUCCUUGACGAAAACAAUGAUACAGUUUGGGAGUCGGUUGAUUACCCCACAGAUACUUUGGUCGAUGGGCAAACAUUGUAUUCUGGAAUGGAGCUAACUGCCAGCAUGUCAACUUCAAACUGGAGUAAAGGGAUGUUUGGACUUGCUAUCAAGGGUUCGCAAUUGAUUGGUUACGUGGAUGCCAACCCACCUCAAUCCUACUUCUUCAUGUAUCCGGGUGCCUUUCCCCCGCAUUUUGCAUUUACUCAAGUCGUGUUUGCCAAGGGAAUGAAGGUUCCGAAGGAACCCGUUUACGGGCUAACUGCCUUGCCCGGGUCUGCAGCCCGGUUCAUGAAGUUGGAACCCGACGGACAUUUAAGGGUUCAUGAGUGGGGGGGAUCAGAUUGGGGAGAGGUAGGCGACCUUCUGACAGCGUAUACUGGUGAAUGUGGGUACCCCAUGGUUUGCGGAAAAUAUGGCGUUUGUUUGAAGGGCGAAUGUGGUUGUCCUGAGGCAGCAAGUGACGGUACAAUCUAUUUCAAGCCUUUGAACGGGCAACCCAAUCUGGGGUGUGAACUGCUCACGCCCAUUUCUUGUGAGCGUCGCCAAGAUCAUAUACUCCUCGAGCUAAAAAACACCGAUUACUUCUUUUUUCAACAAGAAAUGGAGAAUGUCGACGUUGAGAAUUGCAAACUUGCCUGUUUGACGAACUGUUCCUGCAAGGCUGCCAUAUUCCAAUACAAUUCGGUUAAUACUUCAAUGGGAGAUUGUUUCUUACCGUCUGAAAUCUUUUCGCUCAGGAGGAAUGAAGGGAACAAUUAUAAAGUCACCGUCUCCCGCAAUGGAACUCUGUAUACUUCUAGCCAAGAAAACAACACAACUAUUAUAACAUUUGUUAAGGUUCAAAAUAUUCCAGCUAGUGCACCCAAAAAUAGAAAAGGCAACGACAUUGUCCUCCCAGUAGGAUUAAGCCUUGGAGCAUUUUUUGGUGUGUUACUUCUAAUUGGUGCUGUUAUUCUUUACUUACAGAAAAAAAGGGACUUGGAGGAGGAUGAGGAAGAUGACGACUGUAGAGAUGAAUUACCGGGCCUAUCUACAAGAUUCUCUUAUGAAGACUUGAAAUCCGCAACAGAGAAUUUUAGCAAGAAGCUUGGGCAAGGAGGAUUUGGUUCAGUCUUUGAAGGGACUAUGGGAAACGGCACAAAAGUUGCGGUAAAGCGUCUCAACGGUAUAGGUCAGGUAAAGAAGUCAUUCUUAGCCGAAGUAAAGACAAUAGGCAACAUUCACCAUGUCAAUUUGGUAAGACUGAUAGGAUAUUGUGCUGAAAAAUCUGAAACGCUUUUGGUGUACGAGUACAUGUGUAAUGGGUCCUUGGACAAAUGGAUCUUCCGCAAAAACGAAGAGCUGCUUCCUCUCGAAUGGCGAUUGAGAAGGAAGAUUAUCUCAGGCAUGGCCAAGGGACUAGCAUAUCUCCACGAAGAAUGCAGACAGAAAAUAUUGCACUUGGAUAUAAAACCCCAAAACAUCCUUGUGGAUGAAAAUUUUGAAGGAAAAGUUGCAGACUUCGGUUUGUCAAAAUUGAUAGCCAAGGAGCAAAGCCGAGUUGUGGCAUCAAUGCAAGGAACACCAGGAUAUAUGGCUCCAGAGUGGAUGAGCUCUGUAAUCACUGAUAAAGUCGACGUCUACAGCUUUGGGGUCGUGGUUCUUGAAAUCUUGUGUGGAAGGAAAAACUUGGACAGAAAUCAACCUGAGGAGGAAAUGCAUUUACUGAGUCUUUUCGAGAGAAAAGCAGCAGACGGUCAACUUAUGGACAUAAUCGAUAAAUCCAGCGAAGAUAUGCAAUUACAUGUAGCAGAAGUGACAGAGAUGCUAAGGAUCGCGGCAUGGUGUUUACAAAGUGAGUUUACUAAGAGGCCUCCGAUCUCAGUCGUGGUUAAGGUCUUGGAGGGUCUAAUGGAGGUUGACAGCGAUUUGGAUUUUCGCUUCACAAAACUCCCAGUACCGAAAACAACUCCAUUCGUAGAUAACAACCGUGAUGCCAGUGACGAUGCCACUGUAUUACUUCCACAAGUUUUAUCAGGGCCGAGGUAAAGGUAA